AUGGAAGAUAGUCGAGCAUCUGCUGCUACUGCCGGGCCGUCUAGCUACUGCUACAAACCUCUCCCGUCCGCUAAGGGCCAUUUCCGGCUGCUGAAAAUGGAACAAACGAUCGACAUCCUAUCCUUCAGCUUGACGGCGUACUCUUUCGACUCCGCGCCUGAAUACGCUGCUCUCUCCUAUACUUGGGGUGCUCCUGCGAACGGGUUGCAAGCUAGCGCGGAAGCCUUGUAUGCCCAGCAUCUCGAAGUUCGCUGCAAUGGCAAAGUGUUCAGUAUAGGAAGGAACCUUUUCGAGGCUUUUUUACGGCUCAGGACUUCGUAUCCUGACAUAUAUCUUUGGGCGGAUGCUAUCUGCAUCAAUCAGAAGGAUCUUAAAGAGCAAGGGGACCAAGUGGCUCAGAUGGGCGACAUCUAUGCCCGCGCAGUGAAGGUCAUAGCCUGGUUGGGUCUUGACACUCUAUAUCCGGAAAUGGACGACUUGCUGUGGCUCCAGAGGUCUGAUUUCCGGCAACAUCUGUUUGAACUGGAAGAGAAAUCCAAGUUCAAUCCAGACCCAGGACACAAUCCGCUCGCGAGCUUCAUUGACUUUGUCACUGGUCGAGACUUUCCGGAAGGCAUGAACCCAGCACCUCGCUGGCAAGCGUUUGAGAACUUUUACGGAAGAUGCCGCUGGUGGAGCCGAGCGUGGGUCUUGCAAGAAGUCGUGCUCGCUCAAGAGAUUGUGAUGUUUUGCGGAAGGUUUGAGCUCGACUGGGACAAGUUAAGAAGUUUAGCGAAUCUAAUAAGGAGACAUAAGGCUAUCCUCGUCCCCCGGGUCGAGUCGUUUCGCCGCGAUCGACACCUAGACCUAGGAGGGUACGGUAGGGCCAUGUACACCUUGCGCUCACUCUGUAUCAAUGGUGGGCCUGAAGCCACAAGUCCUGAUGGAAGCUUCAUCUUCAGAGAGACCAAGCUCAACAAGCAAGAGCGAAGGCUUUUCGCUUUCAUUGACUACGCUCUCUCUCUGGCACGACCACUAGGUGCCACAAAGCUUCAGGACAAGGUUUACUGCGUAUUUGGCCUGAUCAAUCGCUUUCUACCUCCAGGGAUGGAGCCGUCUAUACCAGACUAUGAAUUGUCGCCUCAGUCCGUCUACUACUCAAUGGCUUCAAUGCUGAUUGGACAUGGCCCGAACCUCUCGGUAUUGUCGAGUGCUCUGGGUCCAGUUCACGACGGGUUCGGGUUAGACGGUGUACCGACCUGGGUGCCAGACUACUCGGUCACUGAUAUCCUUCCGCGCCGCGUGAAAGAGCCUCCGCCAGGAGGAACGGAUAGCAUUCACAUAUACCGCGAUGUGGUUGCAUUGACUGUAAAGGAGAAUGGAAGUCGUUCCCUAUGGCGAGGCCAGAUUUCUGGGUCGGUUCUCAGCCUGCAGGGGACUCUGAUCGACACCGUAGCAGAGAUUGCCCCUGUAUUGGGGAGAUGCCGUCUAGAUGCCCCAGCCCAUAUGGCCGCCCUUCUACGCUUUUGCCGUCAUAUGAAGAUGGAUCACGCCAAGGGCCAAAGCCGAAUGGAGAUAUUAUCCAGAACCCUGACCCUAGACCGGAAGGACUUUGACCAUGUUGCCAGCGGCGGAUACCUGUCUCCUCUUCAACACUUUCUCAUCUACGCCCACGCGAGUGCGCGUGUUUCCGGUAUGAGAACAGACGGCAGGAAGCCGAUGAUCCACUUCGAGAACGGAAUGUUGGUCAAGAAUGAAGUGCAUAAAUCUAUGCUUGAUAUGGGUGUCGACUUAGAGUAUCUAGCCCGCACGGAGCCCAAUGACUGGGCCCAAGUCGAGGAAAUGCAGGAAAUGCUGGCCCCAGCGCUUUUGAAGCCCUCGGAGCGUGCGCGGUUUUGGACUGACUAUAACCACAAUGCUGAAACGGCCAUCCUCGCUAAAAGAGGCAGCGGAACCUCUUUGAAAAUGCUCACUACGCUCUUCGAGGCUGGGGCCGAUAAACGCACCCUCUUCUUGACAAAAAGAGGAUACCUGGGACUCGGAUUGCCGUCUGUGGAGGUUGGUGAUGAAGUCUGGGCACUCAGUGGAGGGACGGUUCCUUUCUGCCUGAGAAACGCUCAAGAGUCACACGGCAAGAAGCUGCUUUUGGGAGAGACAUACCUUCAUGGCUUCAUGAACGGCUGGGAUUGUAUGCGAACAGAGGGAAUCAAGGAAGAUCUCGUCCCAGUGCACCUGGUAUAG